AGGCCGUCGGAACCGGCUGGAAAGAACCUGAGGCGGGACGGGCGGAUGGAUGGAUCCCCGCGUGGCCUGGAUCCAGCCCGAACAGAAAGGCCCCGCCAAUGCGCUCUGGAUGCAAAUCUGGGAGAAUUCUCAGGGCCGAGCUGGCGGCGGCGGCGGCGGCGGCGGCGGCUCCUCCUCCUCGCCUUCGCCUUCUUCUCCGUCGUCGUCGUCGUCGGCUCCGUCUUCCUUCCCGCCAACAGCUCCGGCCCGUUACUCCCUUUGCCGCUUUAGCACGACGCCUCACUCGGAAGCCGCCUCCGCCGCCGCCGCCGGACCUCCCUCGUCGCCUCAGCCGGUCUCCUCCAAGCCCUCUUCUCUGCUCCGCCUUCUCCCGGCCCAGACGGCGGAGAGGCGGACGCCGCGGUUGCUGCUGCUGCAGAAGUCGCCCUCCGUCUCGUCGUCCUUUUCUUCCUUCUCGUCCUCCGAGUCCGGCGCGGACAGCCCCGGCGGCGGCGGCUCCUCUUCUUCUUCCUCGACCUGCGGCCGGGCCGGACCUGGGACACCCCAGCCGCCGCCUUCCCCCGCCGCUUGCAAAGCUUUGGAGGGCUCGGCCGAAGAGGGUCCGCGGAAGGGAGCCAGGAAGGAGGAGGAGGAGGAGGACGAAGGGCAGCAGACAGCAAGGCCCUCGGCCGCCGCCGCCGCCGCCGCCCCUCAUCAUUACCACCGCCACCACUACCACCAUCAGUACCACCCGGGCCGUAGGAAACGGGAGAACAAGGCCAGCACGUAUGGCAUGAACUACUUGCUGUCGAGCGGCGUUGUAGGCCGCGAUGGGCUCGGCCCGGCUGGCGACGGCGGCGGCCCCUGCUCCCCAGCGCAGGCCGGGUGCAACCUCGCCCCCCUGGGCACGCCUUGGAAGACGAGGCCGUAUAGCCCCGGCAUACAAGGGCUCCAUGAAGAAAUAAUUGAUUUUUAUGACUUUAUGUCUCCUCGUCCUGAAGAAGCAGUUAUGAGAAAAGAAGUAGUAAAAAGAAUAGAAGCUGUCAUCAAAGAUCUUUGGCCUGUGGCUGAUGUUCAGAUAUUUGGAAGUUUUAGCACAGGACUUUAUCUGCCAACUAGUGAUAUUGAUUUAGUGGUUUUUGGAAAAUGGGAGUGUCCACCUCUACAGCAGCUGGAACAAGCACUAAGGAAACACAAUGUGGCUGAGCCAUAUUCAAUUAAAGUACUUGAUAAAGCUACGGUACCAAUAAUAAAACUUACUGACCAGGAAACAGAAGUGAAAGUUGACAUUAGUUUUAAUGUGGAAACUGGUGUGAAGGCAGCUCAACUUAUCAAAGACUAUAUGAAGAAAUACACAGUGCUGCCUUACUUGAUUUUAGUAUUAAAACAGUUUCUUCUUCAGAGGGAUUUGAAUGAAGUUUUUACCGGUGGAAUUAGCUCCUAUAGCCUAAUUUUAAUGGCAAUUAGCUUCUUACAGUUGCAUCCACGAUUUGAUGCUAGAAGAUGCAAUGAAAACCUUGGGAUGCUUCUAAUAGAAUUUUUUGAACUCUAUGGAAGGAAUUUUAAUUACUUGAAGACUGGUAUUAGAAUAAAAAAUGGAGGUGCCUAUGUUGCCAAAGAAGAAAUCAUGAAAGCCAUGACCAAUGGAUAUCGCCCGUCAAUGUUAUGCAUUGAAGAUCCUCUUAUGCCUGGCAAUGAUGUGGGAAGAAGUUGUUAUGGUGCCAUGCAAGUAAAGCAAGUUUUUGAUUAUGCCUACAUUGUUCUAAGCCAUGCUGUAUCACCACUUGCAAGAUCCUAUCCCAACAGAGAUUCAGAAAGUACUUUGGGAAGAAUCAUCAAAGUGACACAGGAAGUGAUUGACUACAGAGCUUGGAUUAAGAAGAAAUGGGGAAGCAAAAUUAACAUACCAUCUGAUCUAGAUAAUCAAAUAAAAGAGAGAGAAACAGUAUCUCCAUGCAGCAGCAUCCAGAACAGAGAUGCUGACCCAUUGUUCAACCAAACGUUGACCUUGUCGCUUACUGGUACACAACACUUAUCAUCAGGUUCAUCUGCUUCUUCUGUAUCCUCUCUUUCUGGCAGCGAUAUUGGCGCAUCUGUUAAGGCAUCAGCCUUUGCUUUCAAUUUCCAGCCUUUAUGGAGCGUGAGCCAACAUGAGGAUUCAGAUACUCCACCGUGCACAACUCCUAAUGUGUACCACUUCAAUUUGCAAGCACCAUCUCAACUUACAGCUGGUUUACCACCAGCAUUGCCUGUGUCAAGUGGUAAAACUCAAUCUGUCCCUGCAAGAACAUUGAUUAUGGCAACUAAUAAUCAGCAGCACAAUGGAAUGAAGUUUACUGUGAAAGGGGCUCAUAAUCAAGGCAAUGGAUACAAUUCUGCCACUAACGGAGCCAUGAGGCAGCCAGGUGGCAGCAGAGGGCAUCACCAACAUAACCGUAAUAUCUGGAGAAGAAAGAAGUAUAGAGACAGUUUGCCUAUUAGCCUUAGCAGAUAAUGGCCAACGUCAUGGUGUCUACUUCAGUAUGUGUGGCACUAGUCUGGAGGGACUUGAGACCAGCACCGAGCGCAUCAGUUUGUGGAUGUUGCCAAAUACCUGCAUCCAACCUUUGCAUGUUUCUUUGUGUGGUGGUUGAGUCCAUCUUAAAAGAAAUAAUUGUGCUUAUCUGUGAAGCCUUAUUAAUGUGGAAGUUUGUCUUCUGCCUAUCCAUGAUUACUACAGUGCCGAAACAGCUCUGGCAGGAGUAUUGUGAGGACAAUAAAUGCUGUGGCACUUUGCUGUAGCUCUGUUUGUUCAUUAGGGCUUGUUUUGUUCUGUCAGAUGUAAUGGAUGGUUUGAAUUUUACCUUUUGUUGUAACCAAUCUUUGUGUGUUUGCCCACUGCCUUCCCAUUUCUUUAAAGUUUUUUGUUGCCUUAGCUCAUUUCAAACAUAACCUUUGUGCAAUGACUCAAAAAUGUUUUAAUUGUUUUUUCAUAUAAGUUAUAUUUAAGGGAUGGAGGAGAUGUGUCAUUUUUUUCUUUUUCCCUAUUUUUUGCAUUUAAAAAUCCUUUCCCAGGUUGCAUUUUCUAAGUUGGGUUCAAGAUCCUGGAAAAUUGGGUGAGCUAAGUAAUCAGCUUACCAUACUGAUAAUUUUUGGAUGCUUUGUAAUUUGCAGUGCAACUGCUGAUCUGGUUUAAAUGUCUAUAAAAAGUAUUGAGCUAUGAAGCCUUUUGACCCUUGCACUAGUUUGGUACGUAACAGUAAUUCAACAAGUAGCUAAUGUGUUCAGGUAUAAUCCAGUGCUCUUGCAUGGUUCAUAUUUGUUUCAGUAGGUAUCAGGCAGGAAAAUUUGAAGCUUCACUUGAUUCCUUAAACCUGGACACAGAGAAGACCACUGAAAAAUCCCAGUCUUUUAGAGUGAAGAUGGAUGAAUCUGACUUCCAAAUUGCAAACUACACAUUCUUUUCAUCAGUCUUUUUUUAGCCUUUGAUUGGUUGGGUCCAAAAAUGUUGCUGAAUUAAAGUAUCCAACUUAAGGAAUGUGGAGAAAGGAAUGUAUAUUUGAUUCUGUUGAGGAAUCUGAUUAGCAAUGUCCAUUCGUUCUGUUAAGAGCAACUACCUUAAAAGUACCUUCUGGCUUCUCUGUGCUUUUUAAACUAUUAGUCUUGUUGUCUUGUAAAAGAGCACAGACCAGUGUUACAUACAUUGGGAACUGCAUUCAUCAGUGGAACUGGGAGAGGGCAAUUCCUCCUCACUGCUGUCCCACUGUGUACUCUCAAGUGCUGCUCCAGAGGGUAUGGAAACCCAUCUGGAGAAACUUUGGAGAUGGUAUGAAGGGAUGCAGAGGUGAGAAAUGGAAAAGAAAGUUCUAUUGCACUAACAUUGGAUAUAUGUUAGCGCAACACUGGAUUUUAGGCCAAUAUCUGUGUGGCAGGGGGUUGAUUUAAAGAUGCAUACAGCUAUACUAUGCAAGUGUGUAUCACCAUGGCAAUCUCUGUUAACUUUUGUAAAGCAAGAAAAUGUAUAUCUUGCUUAGCCCUGUUUUUAAAAACCAUCAUAUUCUCAUUGUUACUGGCUGCCAUCUUUUCAUAUUUUCUUUUUUGUGAAAAAGGAGCAUUCUUGAUCUCCAGAGCACUGUAAGUAUUUUUGCUUGAAGAAGGAGCUUAGAAAGAAACCUUCUACCAUGAUAUCUUAAUUAUAUGCAGAAAUGAAUAUUUCUUAAACUGAUACGUGAGUGUUUGACAUGGAAUGAUUCUUCUAAUAAUAAGCUUUAAUAUCUGCAGGCAUGCCUUGGAAGCUGGUCUGGCAUAUAUUAGGGACAAUUGUCAUAAUUAAUGCAAGUCCUUUGGAUAGUGAGCAGAGAGUGCAACAUUCCAAAUAGAUUAGCACACUUUUUGUCUGCCGUUCUUCUUGCUCCAGACUGAACCAGAAAAGAAUCUUUCUGAAUUCUCUACUUAUUAGUAAUGAAUAUUCACAUUAGUAUUGAUUGUAAGCUAUUCAGGAAGGCAGGCAUAAAGUGUAUGAGUAACUAUACUAGUGGAAGAUCACCAAGGGUAAGAUUAACAUGAGUAAGGCAGUGGAUCUUUAAAUCCAAAUUGUGACUAUUGGACUGCCUGCCAAUGGGAGAUAAACAAUCAGUGCUCCAUAUAGUUAGUCAUACACUAUGUUCAUACACUACAUGAUACUGAUUCUUCUGGGGAGAGCUCCUAAAUAUUGGGGCUGAGAUCCUGAAACCAUACUUUUAGUCUCUUAACCCCAUUUUUUCUCCUGGAGGUUGGGUUUCCCCACCUCCAGUUAGCAUUUGAAGAAUAAGGGAUUUCAACCAAAAGGAAAACUGGUGAUGUGCCUCCAUUUUCUGUGUACAAGCAGAAGUGCACAUAGUUCUUCACAUUCUGGCCCUGUUAUUAUAACUUAAAUCCAAAUAAAUGACGAUUUUUAUAACCGGUGAGUAAACAACAAUUGGAUUUUGAAUUGCCAAAAUCUCAGCCCUGCUUGACAUUGGAUGUAUAUAUUUGCUUUCACCAUUUUUUAAAUCUGAAGGGGUUUUAAGAGAUGCUGGUACAAUAAGGCAUUUAAACUUGAAUAAACCAGUAUUCAAGGGCUGAUAAUAGACCUAUACUCACUCUUACAUGCUAGCAAUAUUGACUGUGAACCUAUGGAAACUUCAGUGUCCUAAAUAGUGUCAAUUGAAAAGGAGGAUAGGCUUAAGAGAAGGAGAUAUCAUGUUCCAUUUCAGUCACGGUAAACCAAUAAAUUGCACUGGCUACCACUCUGGUUAUGUUUUAUGCCGCUGUGGAUAGCUGAUUAAAAUAUCAUGUUAUUCUUUUUGUGUGUAUAACAAUGUGGGAAGCUAAAAUACAUAUUUUUAUGUGAAGUUUUGUAUUCUUUGAUUUUUAAUAAAUUUUGAAGGCCAGA